AUGGAAGCGGAUUUGAACGACCCUUUGGCAAGACCCCGAAUUCCCUACGAAAUAUUAUUUGCUGUUGGUGGAUGGAGCGCUGGUAGUCCUACAAGCUUCGUCGAAACUUAUGACACUAGGGCCGAUCGAUGGUUCCUCUCGAUCCAUAUGGACCUAACGCCCCGUGCGUAUCACGGCCUGUGCACACUGAACAACCUUAUCUAUAUGAUUGGAGGUUUCGACGGUAGCGAUCACUUUAACACUGUUCGAUGUUACGAUCCCGUCUCCAACAUGUGGCACGAGCGCGCCUGUAUGUAUCAGGCUAGGUGCUAUGUCAGCGUAGUCGUCCAUGAUGGUUUGAUAUACGCUUUGGGCGGCUACAACGGGCGGACGCGGAUGUCGUCGGUGGAACGCUAUCACCCCGAGAAGAAUCAGUGGGAGAUGACGACGCCCAUGAAUAAGCAGCGAUCGGAUGCCAGCGCCGCCUCGCUGGGCGGUAAGAUCUACAUUGUCGGCGGUUUCAAUGGCCAAGAAGUGUUGAGCUCAGCGGAGAUGUACGACCCUGGGACGGGGCAGUGGAGUUUCAUCAGGUCGAUGUUGAGUCCUCGCUCUGGCGUCAGCCUGAUCGCGUAUCGGGACUCGCUUUAUGCUCUCGGCGGCUUCAACGGAUACAGUCGUUUAAAUACCGGUGAGAGGUUUAGCCCGCACCGUGGCGGCGAUUGGCAAGAAAUAACCGAGAUGUUCAGUGCAAGGAGUAAUUUUGCAACCGUUUUAUUGGACGACAUGAUCUUCGUCAUUGGAGGUUUUAACGGCUCGACUACGAUCCCCCAUGUGGAGUGUUACGAUGGCGACACCCUCGAGUGGUACGACGCGGCGCCGAUGAACCUGAACCGGUCGGCGCUGAGCGCGUGCGUACUCACCGGCCUCCCCAACGCUCGCUCCUUCUCCUACUUGGCGAAGGCCGUGCCCGCCGCAGGGGCCGACCAAGCUCACCAC